AUGCCAUCUACCUCUACCGACGGCAGCAAGACUCUCAGGCCCUCGGCCAUCGAGGUGCCUGACAGCAGCAAUGGCAGCGUCCACGAGGCGCCCAUGUCGCCGCGUUCGUGGCGUGCGAGGAAGACGACGUACCUGCCGCCUUCGCGGAAGCCGACUGACGGGACUUUGGACGCUGGGGACUACUUUGUCGGUCCCCGCGACAUGUCCAAGCACAGCAAAUGGCCCUUCUUCCUGCGCAUGCACGGCUCCGUUCUGCCCAAGAUGAUCCUCCCCCUAGCCGUCGUGGCCGCCUGGUCCACCGCCAUCACCAUCCUCUCCGAAUUCGUCUACCAGCUCAAGGUCAGCAACAUGCUGCUCACCGUCCUCGGUUUCGUCGUUGGUCUCGCCAUCUCGUUCCGCACGAGCAGCGCGUACGAGCGGUAUACCGAGGGCCGCAGGUACUGGUCGCAGUUGCUCUUCGUGGGCCAGAAUUUGGCCCGCACGGUUUGGAUCCAUGCGGGCGAGCGUGAGGGCGAGCUCGGGAAGGAGGAUUUGCUGGCGAAAGUAACGGCACUCAACCUCAUCGUCGCCUACGCCCGCGCCGUCAUGCACAAGCUGCGCUUCGAGCCCGGCAUCGACUACUACGACCUGAAAGAGCGCGUGCAGUACCUCGAAACGUUCGCCAAAGCCGCCGAGCCUGAGAUCCCGCCUCCACGCGACUACGGAAAGAUGAAGGCCGUCGGCGAGUACCUGGGCGUCACCUUCGCCGAGUCGAAUCCGCGCAAGAGGAUCAAGCGCUCCAAGAAGCCGCUCGGUAAUCUGCCGCUCGAGAUCUUGAACCACCUUUCCGCAUACGUGCAGAGCCUCAUCGACAACGAGACGCUCAAGUGCGGUCUGUACCAGAAUCAAGCUAUCACCUCCGUCGUGCAACUCAACGAAGUCCUCGUCGGCGUCGAGCGCGUCCUGCAAACCCCGCUCCCCAUCGCCUACUCCAUCGCCAUCUCGCAGAUAACCUGGGUCUACGUGAUGAUGCUGCCCUUCCAGCUCUGGGACGACCUGCGCUGGGUGACAAUCCCCGGCUGCAUCUUCGCGGCGUACAUCAUCCUAGGCAUCGCCGCCAUCGGCCGCGAGAUCGAGAACCCGUUCGGCAUGGACGUCAACGACCUACCGCUCGAGGCCUACUGCGAGGAGCUCGAGUGCGACCUCGACUACACGAUGAGCAACCCGGCGCCCAAGGUCGGCGGGCCCAGCAGCUUCAUGCGUAGCGCGCAGAACCAGGUGCUGUGGCCGCUGAGCCAGAAGAGCUUUGACGACUGGAUGAGGAGGGGCAAGCAGGAUAUUCGCGAUGCGCUGAUGACAAAGACGAAGGCGGAUAUGCAGGUUCGGAAGAGUAUGCAGGUUGCGCGGCAGAGUCAGGAGGGCGAGAAGCACCAUGGCGUUUUGCAGCAACAGCAUGACGCGUAG